CAUUACACUUAUAUAUCUCCUGCACAUCAGGUCCUCUUGACUGUCUCCUUCACAGCGGGCUCUCAGGCACACACAAGCCGCUGGACACCAGCCGAGCCGCCGUUACUCUGCAGGGGGGGGGAACACCGGCAGCUUGCAAUGAUCUCGCUGGACUUCAACUUCAACAUCUUGACCCGGGACCUGUCGCAUUAUCUGGAGAACCAAGUGAGAGUGGGGCUGCUCGGCUCGGGAGUGGGACUGUCCCUGGUGCUGGGCUUCAGCGCAGCGUACACCUGCUACUACCUGAUCUCAGUAGCGAAGAAGCCACAACUCAUCUCGGGGGGUAAGAAGUUCUACCAGUUCCUGAAGGAACAAUGUCCGGUGGUGUCGGAGACCUACUACCCCACCUUUUGGUGCUGGGAGAGCCGCAUCCAGACUCUGCUCAGACCCUUCGUCACAGCCAAACCUGGGGUUGUUUACAGAAAUGAGCUUAUUCAGGCAGCAGAUGGAGGACAGAUCUCUUUGGAUUGGUUUGAUAACGAUGACAGCCUCACUCAUCCCGACCCUGCAACCAGGCCCACGGUGCUCCUUCUCCCCGGUCUGACCGGCACCAGCCGCGAGUCCUACAUUCUGCACAUGGUCCAGCAGAGCCGGGAUCUGGGCUAUAGGUGUGUGGUAUUCAACAACAGAGGGGUUUCUGGAGAAACGCUACUGACCCCAAGGACGUACUGUGCAGCCAACACAGAGGAUCUGGAGACUGUCAUCGAGCACAUCCAGAGGUCCAAUGAAGAUGCUCCUAUCAUGGCUGCUGGCGUGUCCAUGGGCGGGAUGAUGCUGGCCAAUUAUCUCGGGCGAAAGGGCCGGGAAACCUGCCUGAAAGGUGUCGUAGUCUUCUCAGCAGGCUGGGACGUAUUUGAGUGCACCGCUUCCCUGGAAAAACCCCUUGACCGUUUCCUCUUCAACUCCUACCUCACCAGCUGCCUACAAGCCUCCGUGCACAGACACAGACCAGUGCUCGAAAAUUGUUACGACAUCGAUCAUGUCAUGAAGGCAAAGACCAUCCGGGAGUUCGACGAGCGGUUCACCUCCAUAAUGUUCGGUUACCCUACCAAUGACGACUACUACCACGAUGCCAGUCCUGUCCACAGGCUGAAAUCUGUGCAGGUGCCAAUGCUGUGUCUGAACGCUGCUGAUGAUGUCUUCUCUCCGUCUCAUGCCAUUCCAGUGGAGGCAGUGAAGCAGAAUCCCAACCUGGCCCUACUCAUUACCUGUCAUGGCGGCCAUAUUGGCUUCCUGGAGGGCCUGUGGCCUCGACAGAGCACUUACAUGGACCGGGUCUUCAAGCAGUUUGCCAAGGCAGUCAUCGAACAAGGCGGCCGGCUCAAAGACCUCUCCUGAUAAGAGAACUAAUAACAGUGUUCCUCUAGUUUUACUUCCUCUAGCUUUUUAAUUAAUUCCUCUUUCUUUCCUUUCGUCUUUGUCACACAUUUUUCCUUGCUGCAUUCCAUCCUUUAUUCCCUCCAUUUCCCAUUUCACCAUGCGUUCCUUCGUCCCUUCCCUUGACCUUUUUUCCUCUGUCGCUCUUGCCUUCCAUCCCUCCAUACUGCAUUCCAUCCAUUGUUCCUUCCCUCCCCUUCUCUACUUCAUCCAAUUCUGCCUUUUUCCUUCCCUCCAUUGACUUUCUUCUAUCUUUGCCCUCCCUCCCUCCGUCCCAUUCUUGCUCCACAAGCAAAUAAAUGAUUCUUUCUUAUCUGAAGGGCACAUCGUCUUGAAUGCAGCAUUUGUGUUGCAUUCAACAUUUGUAUAUUUAUUCCUUAGUUAACAAGUCAUUGUAUGUAAUCCUACUCUGAGUGGUAUGCUAAUUAAAAAAACAAGCAUAGCUGUUCAUGUCGCUGUUGAAAAGCCUGUAGUUGCAGUAGCUAGCUAAAAAAAAAAAACUGUGGCUAACACAAGUACUGUACAUGAAAAUCAAAUCAUCUUUAUGCAUGAAGCAUCUUUUAGCGCCUCCAUUAGUAGGAUUUUAGCCCUCAGGGAUUUCCUUUAUUUACUCAUACCGCUUUCUUUCCUUUGAGCAUUGUUUUGUUAGUUUGCAUUUUCUAAUUUAGAGGUCGAUUUUUCACCAGUUGACAUACAAUAGUUUAUUUUCUUUAAAAGACUAGUUUGCAAAUUAUUUUUUUUUCUUGCUAAGAAAUAGCUGAAGAUUAUACUUGUAUGGCUGUUAGCUAGCAGCAUUGUAGCUAGCUUAGCCUAGCAUAAAGAUUGGAACCAGGGGGAAACAGCUAGCAUGGCUUUGUGAGUGUUGGAUAAAGUUAGCUUCUCUGUUUUCCUUUGAUUCCAGCAUUUUAUACUAAGAUAAGAUGAUCAGAAUCUUGCGCAUGCUAACAUAAGCUAAGCUAAUUAGCUACUUGAGCCAUACGAGCGCUAUCAAUCUUCUUAACUUCUUAACUUUCCUUAACCGUCUGCAUGCACUUUUAUUUUCACACAUUCUACCUUUAUGCACACCAAAUAGUUCUACAAAUGUAUAAUACAGAGAGUAACUCAUUAAUGACGACGAAUGUUAAAUUGCACUAUAUUUUAGUUCAAACUACCAUGCCUCUUAAUUCAUUAACGCAAGGCACUUCAUUUUAUUCGAUAUAUGAAAUGUGUCCCAAAGACUGAACAGAAACGUGUAUGAAUCCUGUGACGUUUUCUGUGUGAAGAUGUUGGUGGUAUCGUUGUGUCAGAAAGUCUUGAGGGUGCCAGAUGCAGUGAUGUGGAUGAAGUAACGCACAUAGGAAGACACAGUGUAAGUGGUGGUGGGCGCUGCUUUACGAGACGCAUGGUAUCGUUGAUGGAUCCUGGUUGUCAGUCUUUUUUUUCCUUUUGUGUUUUGGUUUUGCCAACAAUGAUCAAGCGGCUGGCUACCGUGUAUGAGUUGGCAGCGGCGAGACGCGCAGAUCUGACUGGCAGCCGGGCUUUCAGUGCUGCACUGCAUGAGGGAUUUUUACUUCCUGUUCCUGUGGAAUUUGUCGGUGUGUGUCUGUUCUGCCAAUUGUCCAUGCAGUAGCAUGUGUCUCAUCGGCGUCAUCGUGUCCUGAAACUUAACAUCAUGUCGUAAUCUGUAGCACAAAGGACAUGUUUUUUUCCCCUUAGGAUGCUGCAUUUCAUUUUGUACACUACAUUAAAAAAAGAAUAUGCAGCAAUAAGAUUUGAAAUUGAAGAAGUGUCUCUAUAGUAUAAGUACUAGUAUAUGCACAUUAUCAACACAAGUGUAAUAUGCUGAAUUUAAUAAAUUAUUAAAGUGUGGAGUCUAGA